GGUCCACUACUCACGUUUCAGAGGGGAGAAAAGAAGCCCUUGCGGCACUGCUUUUAACAACUCGUGGGCCUCCUCCUCAGACCUCUCCUUCUUUUCUUCUUCCCCUUCGCUGUUUGCUCUGUCCCCCUCCCAGAGUUGUGUUAUCUCCGCUCUGCUGAACCCAUCCCAUCUCUCUCUCAUAUUACUAGCCUCCUCCCCCAGAAAAGAGAGGAUAGGGAGACAAUUCUCUUUCUGCUCCAUUCCUCACUUGGCGAUAAUUAAAGGACCCUCCACCCCCUGAAUUCCCCUGCCCUCCAACCUCCUCUCAAGGGUAAAAUUUCAUUAGCCCCGAGAGCUUCGAGGAAUCCCACGUGAGGUAAAACAGCUCCAUUUUCUCCUUACGGAUCUUGUGCAGCGGGAAUCUACACAAUGUCAUAUCAGGGCGGGAAUCCCCAACCCGGUCACAAUGAUGACCAUACCCAGCAAUACCCUCCCUCUACAUACCAUAUGCCCCCUCCCAGAGACUACGACUCCGACGACGACCAAGAACGAGUCCCCCUCAACACCCAGCAACAACCAGGUGGACCCUUUCAGGCACCGUUUGACGAUCCCAUGAGCCGCUCAACCACCCCCGGUGGUUCUCAACGCCCCAACACUGGGUAUUCCCUCUCCGAGAGCUAUGCUGGAACCCCGGGAGCCGGCACAUACGAUAGCGGGCCGGGCUAUCCCACCGGAAACGACCCGAAUCCUCAAUACGGAGCUCCUCGCGUAGCUAGCCCUUACGCUAGGUCUGAUAGUUCUUCCACCGAGGCCUGGCGGCAGAGACAAGCUCCUUCCGGAAUGCGGCGUUAUGCUACAAGAAAGAUCAAACUUCAGCAAGGUCAGGUUUUGGCUAUUGACUAUCCGGUGCCAUCUGCAAUCCAGAAUGCAAUCCAAUCCAAGUACCGGGCACCUGAUGUCGAGGGCGGUAGCGAGGAGUUUACUCAUAUGAGAUGUAAGUAACAAAGCCCCCGUCCAUCAAAGGGGUGUUUGUUAUCACAAAGAAUCCGGCCAAUGCUAAAUUGGCAUGACAGACACUGCCGCAACUUGUGACCCUGAUGACUUUACACUCCGAAAUGGGUACAAUCUGCGGCCGGCUAUGUAUAACCGACAUACCGAGCUGCUUAUUGCUAUCACCUACUACAAUGAAGACAAACAAUUGACUGCUCGUACGCUUCACGGCGUCAUGCAAAACGUUCGUGACAUUGUAAACCUUAAAAAGUCAGAGUUCUGGAACAAGGGUGGACCUGCCUGGCAGAAGAUUGUUGUUUGUCUCGUCUUCGAUGGUAUCGAUCCUUGCGACAAAGACACUCUCGAUGUCCUCGCAACUGUCGGCAUCUUCCAGGACGGUGUCAUGAAGAGGGACGUUGACGGCAAAGAGACUACUGCACAUAUUGUAUGAACCCCCCCCCAACCGUUUUUGCAAACUUUUUAACCAUCCUGCAGUUCGAAUAUACCACACAAUUAUCCGUGACAGCCUCACAGCAGCUGAUUCGUCCUCGUGAUGAUGAUCCAUCAUGUCUCCCACCCGUGCAGAUGAUGUUCUGUCUAAAGCAGAAGAACUCCAAGAAGAUCAACUCUCACAGAUGGCUGUUCAAUGCCUUUGGCCGUCUUUUGAACCCGGAGGUUUGUAUAUUGUUGGAUGCUGGUACCAAGCCCGGCGCAAAGAGUAUUUUGGCUCUGUGGGAGGCUUUCUACAACGACAAGGACUUGGGCGGUGCUUGUGGUGAAAUCCACGCCAUGUUGGGUAAGGGAGGAAAGAACUUGUUGAAUCCACUUGUGGCUACCCAGAAUUUUGAGUACAAGAUCUCAAACAUUCUUGACAAACCUUUGGAAGCUGCUUUCGGAUACGUCUCUGUGUUGGUAAGUUUUUGUCCUGUGUUCUGGGGGUUUAUGCUAAUUCUGACUUGCGAUUAGCCCGGUGCUUUCUCGGCUUAUCGUUUCCGUGCCAUUAUGGGCCGUCCCUUGGAGCAAUAUUUCCAUGGUGAUCACACUCUAUCUGCUCGCCUUGGAAAGAAGGGUAUUGAAGGCAUGAACAUUUUCAAGAAGAACAUGUUCUUGGCCGAGGAUCGUAUUUUGUGUUUUGAGUUGGUUGCCAAGGCCGGAUCCAAAUGGCAUUUGACCUACGUCAAGACCUCGAAGGCCGAAACCGAUGUGCCAGAAGGUGCUCCCGAGUUUAUCUCCCAGCGCCGCCGUUGGCUGAACGGUUCUUUCGCUGCUAGUAUUUACUCCUUGAUGCAUUUCGGGAGAAUGUACUCUAGUAGUCAUAGCAUCAUUCGGAUGAUCUUCUUCCAUGUCCAGCUUGCCUACAACGUCUUCUCUGUCAUCAUGUCAUGGUUCGGUUUGGGUGAGUAUCUCCGAAGGUCUAAUUCAAGAGUCAAGGUUAACGAUUGCUAGCCAAUUUCUGGCUCACCACCACCGUCAUUAUGGACCUCGUCGGCGACCCAACUCAGGCAGAACGUGAUAACGGCAGAAAACCAUGGCCCUUUGGCGAAGGAACUCGCAUCUUUAACACCAUCUUGAAAUACCUUUAUCUCGGCUUUCUCCUGCUCCAAUUCAUCUUGGCCUUGGGCAACCGACCAAAAGGGUAUGCCGCAGUUCUAUCGCCUGUCCCGAUUAGAUACUGACAUGGGUUUAUACAGUUCACGUUACACUUAUCUUGUCUCCUUCGUUGUCUUCGGUUUGGUCCAGUUCUACAUCAUCAUCCUCUCGUUCUACCUCGUCAUCCAGGCGUUCUCGAACUCGGAAGGUUGGGACGAACUCAAGUCUGACAGCUUAAGUGGCUUUAUCAAGAACUUCUUCACCGCCAACUCUGGUGUCAUCAUCAUCGCUCUUGCAGCAACCUUUGGUCUCUACUUUGUGGCUUCGAUCAUCUACCUUGAUCCUUGGCAUAUGAUUCACAGUUUCCCUCAAUACUUGCUCACUGUGUCUUCAUACAUCAACAUCCUCAACGUUUACGCUUUCAGCAAUUGGCAUGACGUUUCCUGGGGUACUAAGGGCUCUGAUAAGGCUGAUGUACUGCCAUCUGCAAAGACGCAGGUCGCUGAGGACGGUAAAGCAAAAGUCAUUGACGAGCCGGAUAAGCCGCAGGCGGAUAUUGAUCAAGCUUUCGAAACAACUGUUAAGCGUGCUUUAUCACCUUUUGUCCCUGUGGUUGAAGACGAGAAGAAGACACUUGACGAUUCGUACAAGUCUUUCAGAACCAAGCUCGUCAGUUCUUGGAUCUUUAUGAAUGCUGGUCUCGCUGUUAUCAUCACCUCGGACAAUUUUGAUUCUUUUGGAUUCUCGGUAAGUUUCCCUGUGGUGAUUGAGCAAGUGCACGGACUAACGAUACCCAUAGAAACAAAAUGCUGCUGCCACCAGAACUGCCAACUACUUCAAGGGUUUGCUAUGGGCUACCGCCGCGUUGAGUUUUGUUAGAUUCUUGGGAUGCUGUUACUUCCUUGGAAGAGCGUCCAUUCUCUGCUGCUUCGCGAGACGUUAAGAGGGUCGGGUCGCGGGCACGGAUAUGGUGGAUUUGGCUGGGUGAAAAAUGUGCGGCGGGCCCGUACCGCACACACCUGGGAGGGGGUGGGAUGGGAUGGCUAGCAUUUUGUACAUUGAGGGUGAUGAUAUCCAAUGGGUGCAUGGAAACGGAGGGGGUAACGCGAGUGAUCGCCAUCAUAUAUCUCUUUACGAUUUCAACGGUUUUUCUUAAUUAAAGGUUUCAUCAUUUUUUCCCUCUUAUUCAUCGCAGACUUGAUGGGUGGAUUCUCUCUUACUCUAUCUCGGUUUUGUACUUUACCUAUGCCAAAAUGCGACACCCAUGCGCACUGGAUAACUUUUGGAAGGGGGCUCUUUUUGUAAUGAUGGUCCCGGGUAUAUAUAUAUAUAUAUAUAUCCACCAGUUUUUUGUGCAUUUCUUUCUCCGCUUGACCUCAGCAGUGGCUGAUGGGUGUCGCGAGUUUUAUUUUACCGUAUUAGAAAAGGCGGGGAAGAGCAAGGGAAAAAGGUGCCUGGUCCGGACCAUGAUUCAUCGGCAUUGACACCACUGUACCGUUAGACAUCUUCCGGGUCGGGCGUGUUCUUUGAAGGGUUCUUGACAGCGGUCAUUUCAGGUCACCGCCACUAAACUUAACAUCCCGAAGCAGCUAUCAUAUGAUAUCACCCCAACAGCCGCAACGGACAGGACGGGUAGGAGAGUUUCAGGUACCGGUAGGGUAAGAUGACCUAUGAUAUUCCACGAUUCGUCUA